AUUAGAGACGCACAAAACCACGACGAAGGAAUCGUUCGUCACGGGUUGUCAAUUUGAUCAAUGUAAACGGUUACAAACAAAGUAUUUGUCUAAUUAGCAGUUACCCUAGUAUGGUGAAGACGAAUACGUGCUAGCCUGAAUAUCUGCGCUUUGGGAAGAUGAGUCCGACACAGUGGGACCUGCCUCCGGAGCUGUGCUGUAGACCCAUGGCCUUCGUGGCGCUGACAGGCCUCGACGUGGUCUACAACGCGGUCCACAGAGCCAUAUGGGAUGCCUUCUGUGCCAACAGGAGGGCAGACAGGGUGCCCAUCUCCUUCAAAGUCCUUCCAGGGGACCACGAGUACCCAAAGUGCAGAACCAAGAGAACCUCGUAUGAGUGGUACAUCCCCAAGGGCAUCCUGAAAACGGGCUGGAUGAACAAGCACCUGAACCUGGUCCCUGCCCUGGUGGUGCUGUUCUAUGAGCUGGACUGGGAUGAUGCCCAGUGGAAGGAGAAGCAGUCGGAAUGUGCCACUAAAGUGGAGAUCGUCAGAACGAGUCUGCAGGGAAGAAACACUAAAGUUGCAGUUGUUUUAAUCCAAAAGAAGACUCCUCUCCCACCCGGUGAGGACGUGGUGGCGUCGGAGAGGGCGGCAGCUCUGUGCAAUGCCUGCGAUCUCUCCGGGAAGUCUCUGUUUGUCCUCCCCCACACGGACCACCUGGUGGGCUACAUCAUACGGCUGGAGAAUGCAUUUUAUGAGCAUGCUCAGACGUACUACUACAACGAGAUACGCAGAGUGAAGUCGCACAAGGAGUUCCUCAAUAAAACCACUCAUCAGCUGCUGUUUGUGAGGCAUCAGUUCAAAACAGGCUUCUUCAGUGAGCUGAAGCAGGACACGCAGAAUGCUCUCAAACACUAUAGAAGUGCAUAUGGCCUCAUCCACGAGCUCAGAGCCCAUGAAACCAACAUGCUGGAGAUCAAGACUUUAGCCGGGUUCAUCAACUACAAAAUCUGCAGGCUGUGUUUCCAGCACAACACCCCCCUGGACGCCAUCGCCCAGUUCAGGAAGCACAUCGACCUUUGUAAGAAGAAGCUUGGUAGUGGCGACUUGGCCUUCGAGCACACCGCCUGGAUGUCCAAACAGUUCCAGUCUUUUGGUGAUCUGUUUGAUGAGGCCAUCAAGCUGGGCCUCACAGCCAUCCAGACACAGAACCCUGGCUUCUACUACCAACAGGCUGCCUGCUACGCCCAGGAACGCAAGCAGCAAGCCAGCCAGUUCUGUAGUCAUGAGCCAAAUGUCACUUAUCCCCUGCCGGAUCCCCUGGAGACCCUGAGUGGCGUGCUGGACUUCUAUGGGCAGAGAGCGUGGAGACAAGGCCAUCAGAGUAUUGACCCCCCUGACCCCGACAGAGAGAAACAAGGCGUCCUCGCUCUGCAGAUGAAGGAGAGAUCUGUCCAACACUCGGAGCUAAUUAUUGCACUACUCAGCAAUGCUGUUGCACAGUUCAAGAAGUACAAGUGUCCUCGAAUGAAGAGUCAUUUGAUGGUUCAGAUGGGCGAGGAGUACUUCCAUGCCAAGGAAUACACCAAAGCCUUAAAGCUGUUGGACUACGUUAUGUGUGAUUACCGGACGGAGCGCUGGUGGAGUCUGCUGACAUCUAUACUGGGCACUGCUCUGAAGUGUUCAUACCUGACGGGCCAUGUCAAAGACUACAUCACCUACUCUAUGGAGCUGGUGGGAAGAGCUUCCACUUUGCGGGAGGAUCAGAAGUCCAGGAUUGAGAAGAAUCUUAUCCGAGUCCUCAUGAACGAGGUCCCGGAGGAAGAGCCGAACUGUGACGCAGGCUCGGUGAGGGCCGCACAGGGCCUGUGGGGUGAACGCCUCACUUUGGCGGCCGGGAACGAGUUCACCAUCGAGGUGCAGGACUGUGUACCGUUCAUCCAGUGCAAGGCCAGGUUCCUGUCUCCCAGCUUCCACGUGGAUGAGCCCGUGCAGCUGCACGUGUACCUGCGGGCAGACUGUCCCCACCCCGUGCGCUUCGCCAAACUGGGCGUCAGCCUCAGCAACCAGGAAUAUAACCAGUACUGCUUGGUGGAGGAAGCAUGCAAGGUGAAGGAUAUUCUAGAACCUUCCUCUCAGGAGAACAUGUGUCUGGUCCCCGGAAAGACCCGGAAGUACUGUUUCAAAUUUGUGGCCAAGACUGAGGAUGUUGGCCGGAAGAUAGAGAUCACCCACGUGGACCUGAUGCUGGGCGUGGAGUCUGGCCGCUGCGUGUAUUUGAACUGGCGGGGCGGGGGUGGGGAUGCGGCCUCCGCUCAUGAGGCCUUACAGGCGUCGCGAUCCUUUAAGAGGAGAACACGUCUCCCGGGGCAACAGCUCGAGUGGGACACUGUCUCCGUCCAAGCCAGCACCAUGGUCAUAUCCCGAGUGCCCCGGAUCUCUGUGCAGCUGCGUCAUGAGCCACCAGCACUGACCAAUGAGAUGUACUGCAUGACGAUCACCAUCCAAUCAGAGGAGGACACGGUGGCCAGAGACGUCUGUCUCACUGCUGGCCUCAAACCAGGUCAAGAUGCAAAUCUCACGCAAACAACCCACGUGACUCUGGACAGCUCUGAGGGGUGUGAUGACGCCCACCCUGCACUGCUCACAGAUAUCGUCGUUGGAGAUCUACAGCCAGGACAGAAGAUGGAGAAGAAGCUGUAUGUGCGCUGUGUGAACACGGGUUCCAGGAUUUUUCUCUUCCAUGUCUCGUACGCCAUCAGUAGCACAGUGGAGGGCAAAGACAUUGCAUGCAAGUGCCACAAGGAUGAAACGGUUACCAUAGACACAGUGGUCCCCUUUGAAGUGGCUGUCAAGUUUGUCUCCACAAAGUUUGAGCACCUGGAGCGCGUGUACGUAGAUGUGCCGUUCCUCCUGAUGGUGGACAUUCUGAGCGCCUCGCCGUGGCCUGUGCACCUGGUGGACAGCCAGAUACAGCUGGCCUCCAACAUGGCAGCUGUCGACCUGCCCCAGAGCCAGGUGGCAGCAGUGGUGCUGCAGACCGGCGAGUGCGCGAGUGAGUGUUUCAGCCUUAAAUGCCCUCCUGUUCAGAACGGCACCAGCACGGUGGCAGCAGGUCACUACCUCAUCUCCUGGAAGAGAAACUCUGCCCACACUGAGACGCCAUUGGUUAAAACGACUGUGGUCCUUCCACAUGUUAUAGUUGAGACAAUUCCUCUGUACGUCCACGCUGAGCUGCCCUCCUUUGGCCGUGUACGGGAGUCUCUUCCCGUCUGGUACCACAUUGAGAACCGGACGGGUAUGGUCCAGGAAGUGGAUGUGUCUGUGGAGCCCAGCGAUGCCUUCAUGUUCUCUGGACUCAAGCAGGUGCGUAUGAGGAUCUUACCAGGCUCGGUGCAGGAGAUGGUGUAUAACUUCUACCCCCUGAUGGCCGGCUAUCAGAACCUGCCUUUGCUCAACGUCAGUGUCCUGCGUUUACCCAGCAUCCCUAGCCAGCUGCUGCAACGCUUCCUCCCCACCCGCAUCUUCAUCAAGCCGCAGGGAAGGAAAGAAGACAGUUCUAUUGCGGCAGCGUGAGAAACCUGCUGAACCCAUGGACCUGCUCCCUGAACCCACCCACAGCUGUUCAGCAGAUUCAGACUGGGGAACUGGUCUUGCAUCAUUGUGAAAGAAAACAUUGCACCCAGAGUCCUGAGAUUCUCCGAAGAAAAAAAAAAACACCACCUGACUGCUCUGAUUAGUCGGACCAACCACCACCUUGGCCAAGGGUGUGGGGGGGUGAAUGUAACUAGUUUGUGAUGCAGUGACUUGUAACUUCUGAUUUAAUGUGUGGUAUUAAACUGCUUUGCUCGAAUCUGACAGAUCAAAACUGAUCUAGAUCGUUGCUGUGAUGCGCACCAAAAUAAGUUCUAUUCAUGGCUCUUAUCUGUCUCUCUCUCUCUUUCUCUUUUAUUUAACUGCUUUAAUUGUGAUUCACCUGCUGCUGUUAUUUAUCCCAUAUUAGUUAUGUCAAAAGUCUAAAAUGUCACGUAGUAAAAUAAAUACUAAUCAUCUCUCUGGCAAA